CCUCGUGUUCUCCAAGUUCCGAUUUUGAUUGUACUCUCUCUCUCUCUCUCUCUCUCUUUUUCUCUCUCCUCGUGAGAUUUGCUCCUUGCUGCGAGCGUGCCAAGAGCUGGACUGAUCUUUUGGCCGUUUCUUCUGCACAGCUUCGUCCUUCUCUCGUCGCCAUUCUCUGGUCUUUGAAUCAGUUCUUGGCGAGGACCAGUUGUGGUGAUUUAAGCAGAAAGGAGAGAACAGCAUGCGUUGUUGGUUGAGUCUCUCUGUUGAUGUCUUCCGCGAAGUUAUCUCUUUGAACCUAUAUUGCAGAGUCAUUCUGUAAUUUGGAUUACAGACUUUGAGCUUCAUUUCACUCUGUUUCCAUAGAACCUUUAUGUUAUAAUGGGAUCCAAUUUCUUUGUUGUCGUUCCCUGCUACGUCCGCCAAAUUAGCUGAAUAUCCCGCUGUCCACUUGUUCCGAUUCAGAUUUCGCCAGAGAAGUUGGUCAUAAACUUUCGUCUCUUUUGGUCAUUUGAACUUGGGAAUUUGUUUCUUGGGAUUGUCAGUCUGUUAUUUUCUGGUUCACUUUCCGGGUCUAUAGCUGUUCAUUCAUUCUGGUUGUUGAUCAAUCCUUGUUGGAAGAUUUAUUUCCUCCAUAUUCUUGAGAUCCGAGGGGUGGGAAAGUGUAGUUAUGGUGUGCCAAGCAGCAAGCCAGACAAGAUUUCGGGCAACGAAACAUGAAAAUGGGACUGCUGGGAGCUCAACAAUAGUUGUUAGAAUCAUAGCAUGCUUUCAACCUCUUCGUGAUUGCCAGGCCGAAUAUUUCCGCCAUUUGCUAAAACCUGUCACGUAGAUUGUGAUCUCGUUCCAUACUUUUCAAGUUUAGCUGGAGUUUUUAGGUUCUUUCUACUUUGUUUUUGGAGGAAGCAGCAAGUGAAAAACAACUUCAAUUGAUAUAAACCAUUCUUUGGGUGACUGGUCCAACUCGUUCUUUGGGUGGGAAAAGAUCGUGGGGCCUGGUUUUCAGGGGCACCAUCUCAACAUGCAAUUGCCUACUUUCGAUCCAUUAUCUGCUCCAUUUGCUAUGGGGCAUGGAUAUGUCCUUUCAACUUGUGCAGCCACAGGAGCGAAAAUGGUCUCUAAUGAUGCUGGGUGUCCACUCUAUGCACAUAAAGAACUCCCUACUUCACGCGUUGGUCAACCUGAUGAAUCUCACAGUUGGUAUUAUUGGCUGCCACGCUUUAGGCAGGCUUUUAUACCAGAGCUUAACAGUUCUGUUCUAAAGGACGGAUCUCUUGUUGGUCCUUCAGUAGAUUUUGAUGGUGACAAUAGGCCCUGGAUGAGUACGGGAUAUGUCGAGAAGAAAUUUGUUGUGUUCGAUCAAUCAGUGGACCACACUAGGAUUUUCUAUAGCUCAGGGAUAAAAAGUCCAAACUAUUGCCCAAAUUCCUCGUGUGUCCCUCAUAACAUCAAUGAAGAAGUUGUGAGAAGUAAAAGUGAUGUUAAUUUUCUGUCUGGACCAACCAUCGCCAACUUUAAGGAUGAUCAUGGGGGUGAUGUGCAAAGCGAGAUGCAUGAAGACACGGAAGAAUUGAAUGCAUUACUUUACUCUGAUGACGAUUUUGAUGACUCUGAUGAGGAUGAAGUUGAUAGCACUGGUCAUUCUCCUAGCAUAAUGACUGUUCAGGAGAGGGAAGAAUAUUUUGGAGAAAGCACGGAGGUUGUUGCCAGCUCUGCAUGGCCAACAAAGAAGCGCAAGCUUGUGGAUGCCCUGAGUUCUUCCACUCAAAACCAAGAUGAUGGGAAUGAAAUUGAGGCAGAUUCUAAUGCCGGUGAUAGGAGCAGUUUUUCAGGUGAAGUCAGCUCCACAUGUUGCAACAAAAAGUCGUGCAGGGACAGAAUUUGCGAGACCAUAAGCCUUUUGGAGAAAGUACUUCCUGGCACAAAAGGGAAGGAUGCAACUGUUGUACUCGAUGAAGCUAUCCAUUAUUUCAAUUCUCUGAAGGAUGAAGCCAAAGCCUUGGGAUUUUCUACGAUGUGACUUGGAGGAGGUUAAAUUUGCCAAUGCUCCUUUUCACUAUUGCUCUGCGAGACAUUACUUUGGCGAGAAAGCACAAGGAGUAAGUUGACUACGUAGCUGUUGAAUUUUUCCAGCUAACAGAUCGAGCAUUUGCACUUGGAAGUGGUAGUGAAGUUGGAUGGCUGCAUGAACAAAUUCUUGGUUCUAUCUUCCUUUUUGGUAACGGUUGGUAUAAAUAGUCGGAAAGAGAUUUGGCUUGUGGUCUUCCUCUUCUAAAGUCCUGUGACCAUUGGCAAAUAAUGUUGCCCUAUACUUCGUGCUGAUGGACCAUGUACAGAUUCUUGAUACAAUGCCAUUACUGAUGGGGGUGGCCGGCUCGUGUUUGCCUGUCCCCCGCCUCUUUACUGUGGUUGCUCGGGCUUUUCGUAGGAUCAAGGCGGGAGCCAACUCAUGCUUGCCUCAUCCCCUGGUCUCUUCACUGCCAUCGCUCAUGCUUUGUGUAGAGACGAGGUCUGCCUGGACCAUGUUAUCUUUUGGUCAAGUGUCGUUCACCAUACUCUGAUCCCUUUUCAUCCGGGAUGCCGAUGAGUUUUGAUUAUUUGAUAUUUUGUCAGUCUAGCCGAAUGUCGGGGACACUGGCUGCUGCUAGAAACCUGCAAGCGUUUUGCUGCAUUCGGGUUUUAAGUGUGCUUUGUAUUAGCAUUCAAUUGGUUUGUACAUGGUGCUAUGGUGGUAGGUCAGAUUAGUAAACUAGUGAAGUCGAAUGUGAGAUUCAAUGUCGCUGUGCGAUCGGGCACUUGCUGCUCGAGACCGAUAUAUGACAUUUCCUCUGGUUCCAUCGAUAUGGAUUUAUGUUGGGAAA